AGUUUAUCUAUGAACAUCUGCAACGAAGCUUGAAAGGGAAGGGAAGAAUGGGUCCAAAGCGUGGUCAGAAGGUGGUGAUCAAAUCCACCAGGAAAGUUGUGCAAGAAAGUGUUCAAGUUUCGAUUGUGGGCAGCAGCAGCAAACGAACAAGAAGAGGGAACAACAAAGAUAUUCAGACAAGUGACGAGGUUGUAGGAGAAGAAAAUGUGAGGAUUAUUCCAGUUCAAGAAGUGGCUCCUCAACCCAAAGAUGCAAGCACCACCACUGUCACUACUCAACAAGAUGACCAAGGAGAACAAGAACAUAAUGCUGAAACAGAAGAACAAAAUAUUGACACUACUGCCACAGCUGUUUCUCAAAAAGAAGAACCCAAAGAGCCAUCAUCUAAAGAGGAUGAUGAAAAGAAAGCUAAGACCCAUGAAAGGAAUGAUGGUAAAGGGAAGAAGAAGAGAAGAAAGAGAUCAAGUGGAGAAGGAUAUAAGAGAUAUGUGUACAUGGUGUUGAAGCAGGUACACCCUGACAUGGGAAUUUCUUCACAGGCCAUGACUGUUCUGAAUAACUUGAUGGGUGACAUGUUUGAAAGGCUAGCUGAUGAGGCUUCCAAGCUAAAAACAUACACAGGGCACAUGACAUUGUCAUCAAGGGAGAUUCAAGGGGCAGUGAAGCUGGUUCUGCCUGGGGAGCUUGGAAAACAUGCCAUUGCUGAAGGGGCCAAAGCUGUCACCAACUAUAUAUCCCAUGAUGCCUGAUAUAGGCCAUAAGUUGAAGCUUUCUUCUCUGUGUGAACUUGUUGUAUAGUCAAGUGUAUGUGUACUGUGUCUAUUUUCUUUUGUUUUUGCAUGUUUUAGGAGUAGAUGUGAACAAUAUGCUUUCCUUUUGUGUUGGAAACUG